CUGUGACCAAUGAGAGCAGAGCUGCACAGAGCGCGAGCUUGUCUGUUUACACAUCACGGCCGCCAUUUCGUGAAGAGAGUUUGAGUCGAGCGCAGAGAAAUUCAAUCCGAGAAACAGAAAACGCUAAAUAACAUAGCGAAUUGUAUUCGUUUUUUGUUAUUUUUUUUUUUUUUUUAUUAACUCCUGCGACUUUUUUGAUCAGCGACACGACCCUGACGUUGGUUGCCCUGCUGACUUCUGGGAAAGAGACGCUGUGAACCGCAGUCCUGCAGAGACAGACACCCGAUCUCUUAUAUCUCUAACGCAGCUGGGACUGAAGCCACACCACCCUCCCAGCACCCACUGCAGUGAGAGGACCCCACAGCAACAGAUAACAUGGAUUUGUCCCCAAACAGCCUGAUGGCGGGCAAUGUAACCAACAAGAACGACCCCCGCUCCCUGAACUCCCGAGUGUUCAUCGGAAACCUCAACACCCUGCUGGUGACCAAGGCGGACGUGGAGGCCAUCUUCUGCAAGUACGGCAAGGUCGUGGGCUGCUCCGUGCACAAGGGCUUCGCCUUCGUGCAGUUCCUGAACGAGAGGACCGCGCGCGCCGCUGUGGCUGGGGAGGACGGCCGCAUGAUCGUGGGGCAGGUGCUGGAUAUUAACUUGGCAUGUGAACCCAAACCUCAUCGAUCAAAGUCUGGGAAACGUUCAUCUGGAGACAUGUAUGGUUCUUCGUUUGAUCUGGAUUAUGAUUUUCAGAGAGACUACUACGACAGGAUGUACUCGUACCCCUCCCGUGUCCCUCCCCCUCCCCCUCCUCCACUGUCCAGGCCAGUGAUCCCGUCCAAGAGACCGCGGGUCAGCGCUAGUGGGGGUGGCCGCCGUACCAAAAGCAGCUUCUCCUCCAAGGGCAGCCAGCGGAGCUCCUCGCGCAGCAGUGAGUAUCAGCACAGGAGCAGCGCUGUUGCUGAGGUGCUGGGGAAAGCGAGUGGUAAAAUCACUUACCAAGACACGGGUACGAGAAGAGCCGUUCCAGCAGUGAAAGCUGAUGACCUGCAGACCAUUAAAAAGGAGCUGACUCAAAUUAAACACAAGGUGGAUUACCUGCUCGAGAGCCUGGAGAGGAUGGAGAAGGACCACGGCAAGAAGUCGGAUACGAAGAGCAGCAAGCCGGAUGAGCCGCAGCCCCAGCACAGCAGCAGCAGCAGCAGCUCCAAGAAGGAGGAGGCAGUGAAGAUGCAGAGCGAGGCGGUGGGAGACUCUGACGAUGAUGAAGGGGACCUGCUGGACGACGAGGACGAGGUGAAGAGCCGUGGGGGGCGCGAGGAAGAAGAGAACGAUGAAGAGGAAGACCGGGAGCAGGAGGAAGGGGAGGAUGAUGGGGACAGUGCUAACGGAGAUGACGACUCUUAAACAGCCUGCCUCCUGUGCGCCAGUGACUGUCCUCCCUGUCCCUCCUGAAACCUGUCUAAUUAAAUCAACCCUCCCCAGCCUGCGACUGUGUGUGUGUCUCUGACCUGUCCUUUCCCUUUCGUCUCUGUUUUUAUUUUUGAUACCUCUUAAAUAAACCAUGUGUUUUAUAUCCUA